AUGUCCGACCUGCUGGUUAAUCGGACAUACCCGUGUCAUUAUUGCUUUGCGUAUGCCUGGCCCGUUGCUAGGCCAGACCUACCCGUGACAAUAUUACCUUCAAUAGGUAACUGGCUUUACGUAGUGGCGGAAAAUUGGAUACAGGAAGACAUUCUCUAUUUACCGAAUGAUAGUUAUUCAGCUGCACAUAAAAUCCAAAUUUUGAAGUGUGGCGUUCCACCUGAUGAGGAAACAUGGCAGAGAUACGAGGAUUUCCAAAUAAUUGGAACUUUGGACACGUAUGAAGAAGCAAGAACAAGUCUUCCCCGUGUUGAAACUGGCCUGCCCAUUCUUAAUCAAGACAACUCAGGCAGAGGAAAACGAGUCCCUAAAAGGAAGAAACUAAAUAUACCUGGACAAUCAACAACAGAAAUAGACAGCGAGGAAGAGUCUCUCAGCCCACCUAAAAAAUCAGCACCCAGCAAAGGAAAGACGAUUAAGAAAGCCUCCCAUACAAACUCUGCCAAAGGAAUGGCCACUUCUACUUUGCUUCCAAUACCUCCUAGAGCCUUGUUGGUUUCUAAACAAUCCAGCAAUGCUUCAACGUCAACUAAAAAGGUCAUUGCUGCUGCUUCUACUAGUAACAGAUGUUCCUCCAGUUCUGAUAAACGUUUGUCUUCUAAUGCUGUGGUCCUUUCGUCAAAUUCGUCUCUUGCAAAAUUUUCGUUACCUCAUAGCGAUAUGUCAAGUCUGGAAGCGUUAAUAGUGCGUUCCAAUGCCGAAGUUCUUUCAUUGAAUGCGCCUGAAGAUACAUCGUCUCCUGUGCAUAUGCCAAGUCAACAAUCGUUUCAACCUGAAGAUUCGUCGUCUCCUGUGGAUAUGCAAAUUCAACAGUCGAUUCAGUCUGGUAAUUCCGAUGACUCAUAUGGAACCCACCAGUUCGAAAAUAUGCAUCCGCAAUUUAAUUACAAUGGUGGUCAUUACAACUGGGGAAUGCAGCAGCCGUACUGGAACUAUAAUUCACAUUUAAUGAAUUCUUCUUAUCAAACACCAUCAACUGUCCCUGAAUUUCCGAGCCAGCAGAAUAUUGGAGCAAUAACAAGCUAUAGGCCAAAAGAAUCACAUCAUCUGCAGCUUCAUGCUGAAAGUAGUUCCGGCCCUUCUACAUCCCGAGAUGCUUCGUCUUAUUAUGCUACGGAUUCUCCAUCGUCUCUUCCCAUUCCAAAGAAAAUCAAUCACGACAAAGAGAAAUACUUCUCUGACCUUGCCAAGAUUAAUGAAAAGUUGUCUAUGAUCGAUAAAAAAAUUUAUCCAGUUGACGAAUGCAUUGAGGAAAUAGAUGAAGGCAUUGCUUCUCUUCCAUUAAAAAACGUAGAAGAAUUGGAAGCAUUCGAAAAAAUGCUGAAAAAAGAUGAAAAUCUGAAGAAGCUAAUAGUCCGAAAAAUCCGUCUUUUAGGAAAAAAGAAUUCCAAAAAUUCUGAAGGCGACUAUGUACAAAGAGCGUGGAGAACAGUAUUUGAAGAUUCACUCUCUAAAGAUGUAAAUUGGCUUGGGAGACGUGAUAAGAGAGUAAACGGCGGAAUGGGAAAAAAAGGAAUCCACUCUUGUCGUAUAACGGAAUUAGUAAGAGUUGGAAUCAUCUCCAAUUCAAAGUUUAAAGAUCUGGAAAAAGAAGUGUUCGUCGCUGAAACCAAAUCGUAUCUUCAUAAUGCAAAAGGGCGUUUUGUGGCAGAACAAGCGAAACUUGCGGCGGAAGACAACAGCAGCAAUUCUAAUUAAUCAUAAGACUUGAAUGUCUUCCUGUCACAGUUUGUAACUUGUGUUUCUUUGCCGAUUGUAAUUCGGAUUUUAAAGAUAAACUGUCUUUAAAAAAUGUA